GAGGGUGAGUGCUGUAGCAUAUGUCUGGCCGAGUUCGAGGUGGACGAUACCGUCAGAGAGCUGCCCUGUCGUCAUAUUCUGCACGAGCAGUGUUUUCAACACUUUUUUUAUGGUCAUUUUCCUCUGGGUGCCAAGAGGCAACAUGAAUGUCCGCUUUGUCGUGAGCCGUUGG